GAGUCGAUAAAUGAUCGUCUUGAGCCCGGGCUUGCUCAAUAAUUUAGCUGUUGUGUGAUGGGAUAGACCACAACGUGUGGUAUCUCCUUGUUGCUGCCUGAACAAGAAACAGGUUGUUCGACUCGGUCGGUGACCAUCAACCCGUGAACCGUUUUGACGUUUAGCAAAGCGGCGUUAUAGAACCAAAUUGCUUUAGUCGGAGUCGAUUCCUCGAAAGGAGACUCGAGAGUUGCUGAGUGGACUAAAGCUUGACUGCGAAGGAAACUCGUUCGAUAUCGAUCUGAUAUUUCGUGUGACCGUGAUUCCCGGACAACACAAAACUCAAGCCUUCUUUAUAUAGCAACUAGACGCAACUGCUUCAAGUUAGCUGUAAUCAGCUGGGGUAAGUGUGCACGAGUGUCAUUACACUGACGUGUAUCUGUGAACACACGUAGCCCAAAAACAACAGAUGAACUCUUUGGCUGGCAAUCUUCAAUUAGUGAAUCAGUCACAAUGACAUCAUUGUCACUCCAUCUUCGCUAGAAAGUGCAAUUUCAAACAUCUGCCGCAAACGUUGCCGUAGACGCUUACAAGCAACCAUCAGAACUCGGUGAACGCAAACUACGCGACAGACGGCAACGACGCAAGCACUUCGACCCGAACGCGAGCACGCACUGAAACUCCACGCCAAAUACACUCGCAGUAAAGACUUCGUUAGCACCUUCAGCAGCUGCUAAACAAAUUCAAGGCGACGACUCGGAUGCAGCUGUUUGCAUGCCUUUAAAGCUACGCAAAACAGCGUGUGCCUUUCAUGCAGUACCAAUCUGCCCCUUUCUGUCUUAUUAUCGACGUUGUCUCCUAGCCGCGGUGAAAAUGACUAGACUUCUGACUGAUGACGAUUCCGCUUCCAUCACAAAGUGCGAUGACGCCUUAGAUAAGUUAAAAUCUCGCUCUGAAAGGCACUAAUUCUUUCGCGGGUGUACAGAAAAAUCGAAGACUGCUGCGCUGAAGAGAUUUUGAAGAAGCGCAUUACCGAACGUAUGCGAGGAAUCCGAGAUGCCGGAUAUCGAGUCAUGAGAGAAAGAGUUCUUGCGUCUAUGCAAGCUCCUCGAGUCACCAUCGACGGACACCAGCAAUCGGUCCUCAACCUGUCGUCUAACAACUAUUUGGGACUCGCGACACACCCACAAGUUGUUGCGGCGAGUCGUGAAGGUCUGGAAAAACGAGGCCUCGGGGCAGCAUCGGCGCGAUUUAUCUCCGGUACACUCGAUAUCCACGUUGAACUGGAGAGAAAAAUUGCCGAGUUUCAUGGACAUGAAGCGGCCAUUCUCUACGCUAGCUGUUUUGACGCCAACGCAGGAUUGUUCGACGCGUUGCUUACAAAAGACGACGUUGUUUUGAGUGACAGCCUCAAUCAUGCUUCCAUAAUAGACGGCAUCCGAAUGUCCAAAGCUCAAAAGCUUAUCUACAAGCACGUUGAUUUGAGCGAUCUAGAGGCGAAGCUGUCCAGCUGCCAGGACGCAAAGUUGCGUGUUAUUGCUACAGAUGGUGUAUUCAGCAUGGACGGCGAGGUAGCGCCUCUGAGAAACAUAUGUGACCUGGCUCAAAAGUACAAGGCAUUAGUGUUCAUCGACGAGUGUCACGCCACCGGAAUAAUCGGAAAAACUGGAAGGGGCACAGUAGAAUAUUGGAACAUUCCUGGCAGUGUUCACAUUGUCAAUUCCAGCAUCGGAAAAGCGUUGGGUGGAGCAUCAGGAGGCUACACAAGCGGACCAAAAGAGCUGAUCGAACUCCUGCGCCAAAGAUCCAGACCGUACAUAUUCUCGAGCACACUCUCUUCCUCCGUCGUAGCAGGAGCAAUCAAGGCAUUUGACAUCCUCCUGUCUGGAUCUCCUCUUGUAGCCAAACUUGCUGACAACGCCAAGUACUUCCGAAAGCAGAUGGCAGACGUUGGUUUCAAGAUCAUUCCCGGCGACCAUCCUCUUGUACCAGUGCUUGUUGGUGACGCAGAAAAAGCAGAAAAACUAGCGGAACAGCUAUUUGAAGAAGGUGUGUUGGUCACUUCCAUGUGUUUCCCUGUUGUUCCUCAAGGAGAGGCCCGUAUACGAGUUGUACUGUCUGCUCAACACACACACGAGGAUCUGGACGUCUGCGUGAGGAAGUUUACAAAAGCAGGGGGGAAAGUUGGAGUCAUUUGAAGUGUUAAAUGUGUUGAAGACGAACAUUUGAAUAGAUUAGGUGACAUUUACUAUUCCCAGUAUGAUACAGAUAU